UAUGCACAACUAUUGCAUCAGGGUGAUAAAUUGCCCAUAUUGCACAAGAUCUCUGAUCAUAUACCACUGUGUGAGCUGCCCAACUUCAUGAGAGCCAUAGGAUAUUAUCCUACAGAAUAUGAGAUAGAAAACAUGUUGCAUGAGGUAAAGUACAUGGAAUCUGGUGCUGUGGGGAAGAAUGUAGACAAAAUCAGGUUUUGUGAUCUUUUAAAGCUGUAUCUCAAUCACCGGCCAGCCAAUGGAGUUCCUGCUGAAAAACUCAAGAGUGCCUUUGCUACCUUUGCUAGAAAAUCAGAUGGUCACCACCAACCAGUAGUCAGAACCACUGACUUAGUAAAGAUUCUAGAGGAAAAAGGUGAAGGUCUGUCUGUUAAUGAGAUACAUGAAUAUCUCAGAGUGUUGUGGCAUCAGAAGUGUCCCCCAAUGACAGAACUCUCACAUUCGGACAUUUCAAUCACAGAAACAACCCACCAGACGACGGACACAGCUGUUGUAGAAAUUCCAGAGGUCCUAUCAUACAAUCAGCUUGCUGAAGAUAUUCUGGGAGUUCCAGGAAUAUAAACAGGAAACUCUAUACACUGAAACCUAAUGAAUUAUAAAUAAACAUUUAUAUCCAUGUAAUAAGAAAUAUGCAGUUACAGGUAAUUAUGUAGAAAUACAUGGAUUAUCAGUAAAUUUACAAGAUAGUAUAUAUUAAAACUUUUUACUCUGUGAUUUAAACAGUAUAAUUAAAAUGUUUACAAUAUACCAUUUUUAUUACCU